CCCACGCAGGGCAAGUGGCUGUGCGGCGUGUUCCGGUUCCGGUCCGGCGUGUUGAACAGGAAGGUGGGCCUCGAGCGGAUCCGCAGCAUCGUCGGAACACCCUCGAUACACAGCGUCCGGGAGAUGUUUCCCGCGCUGCUCGACUUACACAGGUGGAGUCCUACCGCCGACGACCUCUCGGUUGACUGUGUUCGCCAGGGCCACCCGGACUAUCUGCCGAAGCUGGUGAAGGGCGUAGCGGACGUGAUCGAGGACGAGCUCGACGCGUGGAUCUCCGAAAACGGCGGCUGGAUCGGAUUGACGGUAGGUAAUUGCCCCGCAGGAGGAUUCCUUUACAGACCGCUGCCUGACGGAGGCCAGCUGUGUGAUUGGGCUGUUCAUUAUACUGUUUCCCCUUAA